AUGACAGAACGAGGAGUUUGUGGGGAGUCGCUGAGCGGCAGUGCGCAGUUAGAUGUCCUGAAGGCUUCGGAGAUCCGCCAGGCAGCAAAAUCUGGUCACGCCAAGUCGAGCUUAUGAUGCAGAUGAAGAAGCAGCAGCAACAACAACAGAAAAAAGUGCAGAGCGGAGGGAAUGACAUUUCAGUUGUUGUGGUAGCUCCUCCAUCGUCUCGAUCGAAAGCGUCUUCGACCCAGGCACCUUUAUCGUUAUGACUACAAUACUGGGGUGGGCUUUUACGCAGAAUCUCCCCGUUUUGCUGUAAUGAGUUGGUGUGUGCUGCGUGCUGCGUGCUUCUGACGCCGAAGUGGCAGUGUGAUUGAUUUCAAAAUGGUCAUUUCGCCUUACAAAUCUGCUGCGUUUUCCAUGAGCUGAAAUAGCAGCAGUGCUUCUGCUGAGCUAAUGCAAGAAGGCUCGUUACGCCUGUACAUGAA